AUGGCCUGGGAUGAGAAGAAUCGCGACGAAUGGGCAAAGCAGUUCCUGGAGAAAACCUUCAAGGAGACUCAGAUCCCGCUGGAGGGCACAGAAGGUGCCACAAUGAGCUUCUUUCGCGUCGAGACGAAGGGCGAUUGUGCCCUGGCGAUGAAAGGUGGUAAGUCCCAGCCGAUCUUCGAGCUCCGGAUCGAUCUAGACUGGAAGGUCGAACAGCCCAUCGAGAAAGGAAGAUCCAUCCUCGAAGCGAAAGGUCAGAUCCAAGUCACGGAUUUCAGCUCAGAGGACAGUGGGGCGCCGCAGAUGAAACUCAUUUGCGACAAUCAACUGCCUCCAGGUGCAACCCCUGCCUUCCAGGCUUGCCCGUGCUCGAGCGGACUUGGAAGGUUUUUUGGGCAGUGCAUGGAGACAACCCUUCCGCGCGGUUUGGAGCUCAAGGACUUUCCUCAGACAACCAAAACCAAAGCCGUGCGACAGUGA